UUAAAUUCAGCCGUCUGUCAGUUUGGUGUUGCACGUCAACUUGCCAAUCACGUCGUUUCUUUUUUCCUUUUUUUGCUUUUGCUGCCCCAUUCGCCUGUUGUCUGUCGCACACACACAUACACGAGAAAAAAAAACUUGAAAAAAAAACGAGCAGAAGAAAAAGAAAGCAGCGAAAAGCAAACACACCAAACAGGAAAAGGAAUUUUUUUUUCACAUUUCACAUUUUUUGAGAAGAUAGAAAAAAAAAAAAAAAUUCCCACGAAACACACAAAGGAUCAAAAGAGUUAGAAACGACUAGCAGCACUAACCUAUAAAAAAAGAAAGAGAAGCAAAACACCAUCAUCAUGUAUUCGAAUGGCUUCACCCAUCAUCCCCACCAGCCCCCAUUCUAUGGAGCACCUCGACCCGAUCGACCAUACGGUGCUGCCCGAAAUAAUCCCGGAGUUGGUGGUGGCAAUGCCCAAGGAGCACCUCCAACCAAUCUAAAUGGUGAUGCUUCAGCAUCCGGACAUUACAACAACGCCGCAAUCGGCUAUCCAGGUAAUUAUGGUGGCUUUCAGAAUGCUCCCGCACGAGGAGGAGGAAAUUACCAGGGAAAUUCACCAGCAAAUGGUGGAAACUAUUAUGGCGGCGGUGGUGGUGCGACUUUUCAACGAAAACCAAAUUUCGUUCCACGCCCCAAGACCCAAUUUAGCAACAACAAUAAUUUCCUUCAACAACAAUCUAUGUCGCAUCAUCAAAUGAAUUCCAUUCCAAUGGGUAUGCUUUCCAAAGAGGAAAAAGCCGAGUUACAACGUGAAAAAGCUAAAAAUCCUGGUCGUAAUUUGGUCAAGCCCCAAUGGGAUAAUUUACAACCUUUUCAAAAGAAUUUUUAUGUUCCACAUCCUAAUUCGAUUGCUUUAAGUGAGCAAGGGGUUUCGGAUUUGCGUAAAGAUAUGCAAAUCACGGUUGUCGGCAAUGCCGUUCCACAUCCGAUAACUAAUUUUGAAGAAUCAUCUUUGCCCGAAUACGCAAUUCAAGAGAUGAUGCGUCAGGGUUUUACUAAGCCAACAGCUAUUCAAUCUCAAGGUUGGCCAAUUGCGUUAUCUGGUAGGGAUUUGGUGGGAAUUGCUCAGACUGGUUCUGGCAAGACUUUGGCUUAUAUGCUGCCAGCAAUGGUUCAUAUUUCGAAUCAGCCUCCUUUGCAGAGAGGAGAGGGACCGAUUGCAUUGGUUCUAGCGCCAACGCGUGAGUUGGCCCAGCAAAUUCAGACUGUGGUUCGUGAUUAUGGAUGUCAGGCAACUCCGCAGGAGAUUCGUCAUACUUGUAUUUUUGGGGGAAGCUCAAAGGUGCCCCAAGCUCGUGAUUUAGAGCGUGGAGUUGAGGUUGUCAUAGCCACUCCGGGACGCUUGAUUGAUUUCCUUGAAAAUCGCAUUACUAAUCUAUCUCGUUGUACUUAUUUAGUACUCGAUGAAGCUGAUCGUAUGUUGGAUAUGGGUUUUGAACCUCAGAUUCGUAAAAUUAUCGAACAAAUUCGUCCUGAUCGUCAAGUUGUUAUGUGGUCAGCAACAUGGCCAAAAGAAGUACAAGCGUUAGCUGAAGACUUUUUAACCGAUUAUAUACAAAUUAAUAUCGGUUCGUUAAAUUUGGCUGCAAAUCAUAAUAUUCGACAGAUUAUUGAUAUUUGCCAAGAGGAAGAGAAACCACAGAAGAUUGUUAAUUUGCUUAAAGAAAUUGGCCAGGCUAUUACGACAAGUAAAAUAAUUAUAUUUGUGGAGACAAAGAUUAAAGUUGAAGAGAUCUUGCAAAUAAUUCGUAAUGAAGGAUAUACAGCGACUUCGAUACAUGGUGAUAAGUCACAGGCGGAGCGGGACUCUGUAUUGAAGGAUUUCCGCAAUGGCAAAUCGAAUAUAUUGAUUGCUACAGAUGUGGCAUCGCGUGGAUUGGAUGUUGAAGAUUUGCAGUAUGUUAUUAAUUAUGAUUAUCCAAAUUCAUCGGAGAAUUAUGUGCAUCGCAUUGGACGUACAGGACGUUGCCAGCAAUUGGGAACCUCUUACACCUUCUUUACACCAGACAAUGCCAAGCAAGCACGUGAGUUGAUCUCCGUUUUAGAAGAGGCUGGCCAGCAGGCCCCCUCAAAUCUUGUCGAGCUCGCGCGUAAUGCAUCAAAGGGUGGCAGCAGCGGCAAUGUGAAACGUUGGCAACAAAACCAACAACAACAACAGCAGCAAAUGCAACGUAACAAUCCGUUGAACUAUCAAGCAAACAGACAACAGCAGCAGCAACAACAACAGCAAAAGACAUUCCAUACUGGUAACAACAAUUCUUGGAAUCAAUCGCAGCAAUGGCAAAACAAUGGCAUGGGCAACGCUGAACCACGGACAACAUUCCGACCACAACGACCCAUGCAACAACAACAGCCGCGUCCAAUGCUAGGCGGCUAUCAUCACCAAGCGAAUGGCGGCGGUUACAUGCCCGGACCACCACCCCACAUGUACCGACCACGCAGCCAUCAUCCUCAAUUCAUUCCAAAUGGUAACCAACAACAGCAGCAGCAAAUGCGCUACAAUCAACAACAACAACAGCAGAAAUCAAUGUAUGAGAAGGCCGGCGUCGAUGGUGUUCAGGCCAAUGGAAGCGGACAGCAGCAACAAGGACAGCAACAGCAACAGAACGCAUAUUCCCCAUCGCAUCACGCAAAUGGAGGUGGCUCUGGGGAAUACCCCAACAAUGUAUCCACACCACCAUCGACAGCAAUGUAUGCAGCUCCAGCUCAGUCUCCACCAGCUGCAGCGUAUAUGUAUGAUGCAAGCGGUGUCAUGGCAUCAGCAGUAGCAGCUGCGGCCGCUGCAGCUGCCGCCGGAGCACCAUUCGGAUCGUAUGCAACAGGAGCGCCACCACCACCACAAUCUGGUGCGGUGUACUAUCAUCCCCAGUACGCUACGGUAAACCCGGCCGCUGCUGUAGCGGCAGCCGCAGCUGCAGCUGACGCCGCCGGCCUACAACAGUAGAGCGCCACUGGUUCAGAGCGACGAAAGCAGAUUAAUCUUUCUUUCCAAUGAGUUCCAUAUUGUUUGCCGCAUCCUCUAACCUUACCAAACCCCAAAAAAACCCAUCCCCCUCUUUCUCUUAAUGAAAUCAAAUUAUCUUAAUCAAUUUUAUUUCUCACAUUUGUUAUUUUGUUCAUAUUCUCUCUUUUUCUCUCACUCUUGUUUGUUAAUUUUUUUUUCUCAGAGUUUUUUUUUUUUCAUUUAUAUUUAAUUUAUUUAUUAGUAUUAAAUUAAACAAAAACAAAUCGGUAACUAAAAAUCGCAUUAUUUACAAAAGCAAAUACGUAAAUUAUUUCCAUCCAUAUAUACAUACAUUUUUGUUUUUGCUGCACGUGAAGCAUUCGUUUUCGAUAAAUAAUUGAUAACCUCCUUCCGAGGAAUUUCAAGUUUUUCGAAACUAGAAUUUUUCUAAAAAAUAAGUGACCAAGCAUCUUUGACACAUAAUGUAUUUACAUAUAUUAGUUCUAUCCAAAAUUUAUUUAUCAUUAUAUUAUUGGAGAAAUCGGAAAUGUUUUUUUUUUUUUUUGUAUAUCUCUUUUUUUGGAGCGACUCCUCCGAAUUAUCAAAAAAUGCUAAUUUCAAAUAUGUAAUGGUAAAAUCUAUUAUAUAUUUUCCUUUUCUAGUUUUUAAAACUUUUUAUAUUAGUUUCUAGUAAAAAAAAACCAUAUAAACACGUAUAAAAAAUUUCUUCCGAAGCUGAUGGUACAUUACCAUCUAUUCGGUUGAACUUUUAAAUCGCAUUUCUCUUCCAACACAAUUAAUUAUAUAUAAAUAAAAAUAAAUACAUUCGGAAUAGAAUUUCGAAUGACACAUUAAAAUUCGAAAUGAACAAACAAAACAUAUUUAAAUUAUGAAGCGAAAAUGACUUAUAUUUUUAAUUGUCAUUUCUUUAGUUUUAAAAAACAAACAAAACAAAAUUCUUUAAGCAUUUUAGCCAAUUCGGAGAGAACUCCGAAUUGCGAGAAAUAAUUAAAAAAAAAGAAGAAAGAAGAAAAAAAAAAACGCAAAAAAUCUCUCUGAAAUUUAUCGUUUUUCUUUACAAAAAAAAAAAGUUUAUUUUUUUUUUUUUUUAUAUAAACAUUAAUUAAUUUUUUUUUGUUUUUGUUUUACACGAAUUUUUUCUGAGUAAACAAGAAGAAAUGAAAACAAAAGAAGCUAUCAUUUCUCAAAUUGAAGAAGAUAAAAUUUAUUAAUACUAAAUAAAUAACGCAUAAGUAUAAAGAAGAAAAGAGAAGAGGAUAAAAAAGAAGUAUGAAAAGAAAAUUAAACAAGAAUUAUUUACUAUUAUAUUAUAUAUAUAGAUAUAUAUAUAAUUUAAAUACAAGUGAAUAUGUGAAGAAUAUUAUAUAUAACCUAUUCAAGAAUUACACAAAAAAGAAUUAAUAUACAACACAUAAUACACAUUCAAAAAAAUAAAAAAAGAAACAAAAAACAAAAUAUGAAGAACAUGGAUGAACAUUUUAAAAAUAUUAAUAACUUUGAAAUGUGAAUUGUAAUGAAAUAAUUAUUAAAACGUU